AAAAGAAAAGACCUAGAUCAUUUACUGAUGAGCUUGCAGCCCGAAUCAAAAGGGAAGAGCUAUGUAAACAAGAGGAAGAACAAUUGUAUAUGAAAAAUAAGGCUAUAGUCACUGUUAAGGAAGAUGUUAAUGUUUUCUCAGAUGAUGAGGAUAUCUUUAAGCCCCCCAAGCUAACUGAUGAAGAUUUCUCACCAUUUGGUUCUAAAGGUGGACUCUUCAGUGGUGGGACAGGACUCUUUGAUGAUGAGAGGGAACUUUUUGCUGAAUUGCCAAAAGAGGAAUAUACAGUGGAAAAAGAAACACGAAUUCCAAUAAAUGAUGAGCCAUCAUCAAAAGCAGUAAAGAAAGUUCCUGCCGGAGCAGUUUCUCUCUUUCCAGGUAUAAAUGAUGUAUUUAGCCCUUCUUCAGUUCCAUUGGAGAAAGAGAAUAAAAGGUUGACAGAAUCAGUCACAGAUAAAUCUCCCAAGCUAGAUGAAGCUCCUGGUCUAUUUGAUGAGGAUGACAACUUUGAAUCCAAUAAGAGUAGCUCUGUUAUAGCUAAAUCUUCUGUGGAUUUCUUUGAUGUUGAUGGGGAUCUAUUCAAGGAAAGGCCUGACAUUAUCAACAUUGCAAAAAAUGUGGCUAAAGAAGCUAAAAUAAAUAAAGAACUGACAGCAGGAGAAAAGAGUCAACAUUCUUCUGCUGAGGGGUUCAAAAAUUUAACCCCAACACCUUCCAAGAGUCAGAAAAACCUAUUCUCUGAUGAAGAGGAUUCUGAAGACUUGUUUUCUACACAUCAGUCCAUAGAAGUGAAGAAUUCAUCUUUGUCAUCUACUAAAAUAAUGACAAAAACAUCAUUGUCUUUGUUUGAAGAUGAGGAAGAAGAGGAACUCUUUGGAUCUGUGCCUAAGAUGCCAAAAUCUCAGGAGAAAACAGCCACCUUGUUUUUCAGCAGUGAUGAAGAGGAUUAUUGUAAUAAUAAAAAAGAUGUCAAAACUGCUUCUGAAGGAAGUAAAAAAAAGGAACCUAUAAAGUCUGCCCAUGGGGCCAAUCAAACUAUUAAGAGGGGCCUCUUUGAAGAAGAAGAAGAUUUCUUUAUUACCACAAAAGACAGCAAUAAAAAAAUACCUCAGAAAACUGCUCUUCUAUUUGAAGGUGGUACCUUACACUGCAGCCCUCAACCAGCCUCAACCAGCCCUCAGCCAGCCUCAUCUGAUGCCCAAACAAUAACAGUACAUGCAGAGCAGCAGGAAGAUUUCCUGGAAACACCUCAGAAGAAAUUAGUAGGAAAGAAGGCAGGACCUUUGGAAGAAUCUGGUAUACGUCAUGGUUAUAAUCUUGGAGGAGGAGGAAAUGUACUGGGGCAACAAAGCAAGGAAAAACUCUUUUUGGAGAAAGAUACCAAGCGAAAGAUGAGAAGUAUAUUCAGUUUAUUUGAGGAAGAGGAGAAAAAUGGAGUUAUGGAAGCCAGUAAGAACAUACGUAUGGGAACAGGAAAGCCUUCAGAGAAGAGCACGGGUGUGUUUCAGGAUGAAGAACUUCUCUUCAGCCAUAAAUUGCAGGAAGACAAUGAUCCUGAAGUUGACCUUUUUGCUAACAAAAAAGGGAUUCCAAGCCCUAAAGCGAAAUUAUUGUCUGGAGAAUGGCUAUAUGGGGCUGAUGAUAAUGGUGAUGAUGGUCUCUUCAGCAAUUCUACAACAAAGCCCUUGGUAGCAGAAAAGAAAAUAAUAAAGAAAGACAGUGCCAUUUCUUCCUUGGAAAAGGACAAUACAGUUUUGCAGAAUAAUCAACAUGUCAAACAAGAAGAAUCAAAAAUUCAGGCCACUGAGGGACAUUUGGAAAUUAGCCCAACAGAUAAACUGUCUGGAAGAAAUUCUACUAUGAAGCCACCAUCAAAGGCACCAUAUCAUGUGCCGGAUGACAUAAAGCAUACCAAAGUAGCCUCUACAAAUACUACAGAGAUGGGAGUCAGUUUUGAUUACCCCAUGAAAGCAGACACUUUGCAAAAUGCCAACAAGGGGAGAAUCAAAGUGAGUGGGAAACGAAGGCCACCAACCAGAACUGCCAGGCGAUUAGCUGUUGAAGAGUUUAAUAAAAAUGAAAUGAAUAUCACAGAGGACCCAUGUCUACCUCUCUUAAAAGGAAAUUCUGGGCCACCAGCUAUAUUAUAUAAUAGUGAACUGCAUAGAAAGGAAAAUACUGAAAAAGCUUGCGUGGUUCUAUCAGCCAACAGCAGCAACCAACCUAAUGAGUCAAAAUAUAGCCCUCUUUUAAAAUCAACAGCCUAUUCUGAUGUGGAUGAUCUCUUUGAGUCCAACAAUCUUUUUACCAAGGAUAAAGACUCUAAAGCAGUCUUAAAACCAAAGGCAACACUGGAAACUGAGGGCAUUGUAAGCCAGGCCUCAAAAAGUGAGAAAUUGUCUGUUGCAUCAGCACAAUAUAGUACAAGUUGCGAUGACCUCUUUCAGUCUGGAAAGACAUUAAGGAAAGCCAGUCCUGUCCCUUUCCUGGAGGACAAACAGGAUGUCUUCACCACUAGUAAGAAAACUGUGAAGAGAAAAGAACGGGAACUCACAUCUCAGUUACCUCAGAGUUCUCCAAUCCAUGACAUUUUUGAGGUAAUUUUGAAAGUUUUUCUCUUCAGACUUGGAUUCUUCUUACUUUGUACUGUGCUUGUUUUGUUUGUUCUAUAGGCAUUAGUAGUGCUG